AUUUGAAAGCUCUGGGGGAGUUUACAGAAACAGAACAUGCUGUUAACCGGAGCUGAACAGCAGCCAGGGCACAAUAGCUUGGGUCUGCACUGCGGGUAACCAGACAACGGCUCUGCCAUGAGGGAUUUGCUCUGAUUGAUGGAAGGUGGGAUGGGGCAGGGAGCCAGUCAAGCCUGGGGAACAGAUUCCUUCUGCAGGAGGCUUUGCUCCAGGAUCCUGGAGCCCAGGCUCUAUGGCCAUUAAUUACCGCACCACCCAGCUGGAAGGGAAGGGCUGGGGCAGGUCUCUGCGCUCCACAUGUCACAGGCGGACAAGGCAGAAGGAACCAUUUCACAGACGGUUCUCAGCCAGGGUUACGUGUGCCCUGGGGGCGUGCAGAGGUCUUCCAGGGGAACAUCCACAGGCUACAGAAGAAGCGUUAGCGAAGGCUCCAGCGAACGUGACAGGAGGCAAAGAUGGCCCCAUCCGGGUUGAAGGCGGUGGUGCGUGAGAAGAUCCUCAGCGUUGUCUUUCGCAGCAUAAAGAAGGAAGGAGAGUUGAAGGUGCUGAUCAUGGACCACUCGAGCACGCGCAUCCUCUCGUCGUGCUGCAAGAUGUCCGACAUCGUGGAUGAAGGCAUUGCACUUGUGGAAGAUAUUGAUAAGUGCCGGGAGCCAAUCCCCAGCCUGGAGGCCAUCUACCUGCUCAACCCUGUGGAGAAGUCAGUGCAGGCUCUUAUCAGUGACUUCCAGGGCUCCCCCACCAACUACAAGGCAGCUCACGUCUUCUUCAUCAGCCCCUGUCCUGAACCUCUGUUCAAGGAGCUGAGGAAGUCACGGAUCUCCAAGGCCAUCAAAACCCUCAAGGAGAUCAACCUGGCCUUCCUGCCCUACGAGAGCCAGGUGUACUCCCUAGACAGGCCACAGACCUUCUACAACUGGUUCAGCCCCUACCGCUUCUGGGAAAAGAACAAGGAGCUGGAGAUGAUGGCAGAGCAGAUUGCCACGUUGUGUGAAACCCUGGAGGAGUAUCCAGCCAUCCGCUACCGGAAGGACGGUGAAGAUAACUUCCACGUGGCUCACGCUGUGCUGGCCAAACUCAAGGCACACGAGCCCAGCAUGGGAGAGGUGAGUGAGCUGUGCCGGCCAUGGGACAGAGCUGAGGGGGGAGCACAUGAGAAGUAAUUUUGAACCUGCCUGGAGAUCCUGGCGGGGUCUAGACUCCCUUGGAGAUCCUGAGGGGUUGGCAGAACAAUAGCAUUCCCUGUGUGGGGA